AUGGACGAUACUCUGCGCAACCCAAGGAUGGUCAGCUCACCAGACUUAUACAUUCAUCGACACCGAAGACAGCCUACGACGAACGUGACCCUCGCCCGUGACGCGACGCCUUCGCAGACAGUCAAGAGGCUAUUCGACACAACGUCGGAGAUUGAGCCCUUUCCCACGAAGCGCGCCCGGUUGGCAGGAACAGCGGCAUGUUUGCCUGCACCUGGCGAGGACCCGGAUAGGACGGACGAGUCUGCGCUGCAUCAGACAGCUCAUCCUCAACGACCUGAAUUCGUCGAUCCUCUUGUUCCCGAGUGGCUGGAGUCUGUUGGAUCGGAUCGAGUGAGAAAGCGCAGUCGGUCGGAUAGCCAGCUUCACUUUCACGUCGAUGCCAUCUCGAGACGGCCCGCCAAAUCGGCACCCGAGCUAAAUCCCACCCAGAAUGUCCAGGGCCUUCUGGUUUCGCCUGCACCGUCAUCUCCCCAGGCUGGAGUACCGGUAGACUUAUCCAGCCAAUGCUCCACAAAGAGCCUCGUUGAGGAUCGAACGUACCGGAGUUUCAACCUUGCCGCAAACAACAUCUACUUGCGCCCUCUCCGGGAGCAAUACCCAGAUCACAUUGCGGACCUUGUCAAUCACGUGUCCAGGGACCGAAACUCUCCUUGCUCUUCAAUCGAAGAGGUGCGGCAAGAUGCUGAACUGAACAGACUGUGGCUGGACGGUCCUCAAGCAAUGGUCCAAACUUACUUCAGGGACAGAAUAUUUCCCACGCGCAGCGAAGGAGCAGUUCUAGGCCUCAGCCAGAGGCUGCCCAUGGGCAGGCAUGCUGUCCCCACUACCGGAUCACAGUGGAAGGUCAGCCAUCCAGCGCCCGACAUGCUGUAUGGGUAUACCUUCCCAGAUGCCUUCCCUCGGCGUCAUGCGCAACUGAUCUCCAUGGGGAGAGACGUGACAGUUACUGACCAGGGUAAUCCCUUACUAUAUCCCUUCUUCAGUAUCGAGGUCAAGGGUGAUGGUGGAAGCUUGUGGGUGGCGACAAACCAAUGCCUUGGUGCAUCGGCAUCAUGUGUCAACAUGGCCGAACGGCUCAACCAUCAGCUGGCGCGGCGCAAGAGCGACAAAGCUCGUCCCAUCAACAGCGCCGCAUUAUCUGUCGCCAUGACCAACUCGGAAGCACGCCUCUACAUCACAUGCGUCGAUGACUUUCUGCUCCAUGACCCAGCGCGGUACCUGGCGUUCCACACGUACGUUCGCAAUAUCAUUGACUGGGGGGUUGGCGAGAGGCUGGGCGAGAUCCGGUCCGCCCUGGCAGCCCUCUCGGAAGAGAGAAGGAGUUCGGUGACCAGUAGCAAGAGGGCACACCCAUCACUCCAUAUUGAAGUGUUGACGCGCAUCGUCACUCAAGUCCGCGCUGCUCGAAUGGUCGACGCGGCCCUGCUGUGCACACCAACGCUACCGACUCUGUCGGAUCCGGACCAAGGGCCCCCCUAG